AUGGAUAACAACCAAGUAUCCAUUCCAGUUAAAGGACAAACUGCAACGAGACCCGAAAAUCCCACCGGUCUGAUUGCAAGAUCAGCAAACAGACCUCACAGCGACGUGGAAUUUAUACCCAGUGGACAUCAUAGAUAUCCAUAUGGCUACAGAUAUUGGGAUAAUAACAGCCAUCCGCAUAUACAACAUUCAAUUCAACGGAGAGAGGCCUUACUGCGUCGACUAGCACACCUGAUUGCCGUUGUUGUAAUUGGCCUAAUAAUAAUCUAUGCUUAUUUUACAAACACAGUACAAUAUUCACCGGGAAGAGCUCCCAUAACAACCAACCCAGACGGAAUAAUACUAUAUCGAGUGCUUGGCAAUGAUCUUCCUCCUCGCCACAAGGCAGGGCAGAUAUUACAGAAUGUACGCUUUAUACUGAACAAUGAGCCAAAGUUUCCUAAUACAAGAAAAGUGUGGCUACUAAACAGAAUAGUGGAUGAAGAGUACGAGAACGCGCUGAUACAACUGCUGAAUUCAUACGAACAAGAGUAUCUGAGGAUACCAUUCGAAAUUAGCGAGUACCAGAAAAAGGACUUUCGCUUGGAAGAUUUCCCCAAACCAGAUUUCUUCCAUUCUGAUGACUACUUGCAGUAUCCUAAAAUAGCAAAAUUACGCACUAUCGAUUAUACUUAUGCUGACAAAAACUUGUAUGCAAUGAACAACGUAAGUACCGGGAAAGUGAAUAAAGGUGGUAUUUGGUUAGGUUACCAAUUGUUUGGUCCCUGGCUAGUUUGCCAACAUGAAAAUGAACAGAAUGGUGGUCGCAACGCUGCAUUGGCUCAUGGCAAGAAACAGCCCGACGCCCGUUGGGUAAUGCCAUUCGAUGGUAAUUGCUUCCUGACCAUGAAUGCGUUCAAAGACAUUGAAUAUCAAUUGCGGAUCUGGGGCGAACAAUACAAAUACUUUGUAGUUCCUAUGGCUCGUUUACUCAACAACACAGAGCUUCUCACGGCUCCUGACGUACGUCCACUUACCCCCGAAGAACCGCAAGUCAUUUUUAGAAACGAUGCAGAAUUGUCGUAUAAUCCAGACAUGAGAUACGGAAGGAGGUCAAAGCUCGAACUUCUCGGCCGAUUAGGAGUUCUCUCCCCACGUAAGAUGAACUUUUCUGUGUUUCCUUGGGAAGCAGACAGUCACAGAGCCUACACUUCGCCAGAGAAACGUCUCUUCAAGACGACAGGCUGGGUCUUUCGUUUAUUUUCUGGGCAGGCACAACAAGAACAUCACCGUCGUGAAGCCUAUGGUCUUCGUGCAUUCAACAGAUUGCUCGGAAUUCAGGAAUUUCUUGAUACAUUAGACGAACGUGUUGCAAAGGAUGUACAGAGAUUCGAUCCCAAUAAAUUGUUUGUGUAUAACGAGAACGGAUUGAAAGCGGCUAGACUGGAAUACUGGAGCGGAGAAAUUAAAGUAAAGCGAAUAGUGGAUUUGCUGAUCAAGAAGGCUGAUGAAAUGGUCAAUGCUGCUAUGGAACGUUUUAAAAGCGUAAUUCCGAACGAACAAUCUGAUGACCAUUUAGUAAUGGAAUCGAAAGCAUCUUCAGAGAGCACGUCACAUGAUAAGGAGAAUCCGAUAUAUGCAAAAUAUUCAAGCGAUAAUGAGUGGAGGUAUUUCGAUUUAUCGUCGACAGAUUACCCAACGACUUCAGAAUUGUUUGAGAAUGUGACUACUCUGGCUCUGGCUAAUUACUUCACCAACGACGUUCGUUAUGGUAGAUGGUCAUCUAAUCUUAUCCGUGCUUAUAUGCUUUCAUCGUAUGCGUUAGAUGGUCCAAGUAAUACAAAGGUAAAUCUUAACGUAACCGACGUAGAAGCGAUCAAUGACCAAGGAUAUUUGUUUCCAAAUCUUCACGUAUUACCGCGUUCACUACCGAAGGUGAAUAGAAAGGUGCUACCUACCAAUACAGAUAUAAUGACACUAAAUCCUAGUUCCUUCCUUGAUGGAGUACGCCUUUUGUAUAAACAGCACACACUAUCUCACAGCGAGUACACAACCAUCAAGGGAAUAGCGACACAGUGGUUAGAGACAUUGAUUAAUUCUUCAGAAGGCCUCAAAAUGAAUCGAUUGGGUGAUCAUAGAAGCACGUUGUAUGAUCUACAAGUAGCCUCAUUGAGUGGAUUUGUCGAUGAUAUUAGAUCGUACUUGAGGGUGAUUAAUAGAUGUAGGAUGAAGAUUGGCAAACAGUUCCAAAUGACAGAGGCAUUAUCGGCUUCUGUUCUUCAACAACCAUACGAACAAUCAUUUGCGAACGAUCUGCUGAUGUCUGGAGAGAUAAUGUCUUCGGAAAUGGCUGAAUCUGAAUUCCAUUAUUCCACACUCAAUAUAUAUUAUUGGCUUACUUUAAUAAGGGGAGUACAGAACUAUGAAGUUGGGUUUGAUAUAUGGCAUCAUACAGCCAAACGAGGGCAAAGAUUGAGUAGAGCCAUAAUAUCUCAUUUCAAUCAAUAUUCAAAUCACGUAUCAGACGGGACUCUGAUACCAAUGUUGCAAAUGGCGCAGACAGCUCACAAGACUAGCGAUGCCAAGAGAGGCAUAUGGCAUGAGCAUGGAGAUGAACACGAUUACUAUCAAUACUUUUUGAAAAAGAUAGGAGGGAAGAUGAAUGUAUUUUUAGACCAGAGACCAGGAGAUGAUGGAUGGGAAAAAGAAUUAAGCAGAAGGAUAGGAAUAGGAGAAUCAGCAAGAUGGGAUGGAAUCAUUCCAUUCUGGAUGUUUGGAGUUGCAUAA